CCAGUUCGAUCCCCAGCUAGGGGAUCAAGCCAUGGUAGUAGUCGUGCUGAGACAUAGCCCCUAUGCCACCAAGGAGGCCACUUUACACAGCUCUUAACUAUGACUUCAUUUAUUCUAUUUUUCUAAGUCACAUGUUUAUCCUGACAUUUAGUCAACAUUUCAGAUUCAGGUAUUUUUAUAUGGAAAAUAAAAAUUUUAUUCUUUUACCACCACCACCCACCACUCUUUCUGAUACACAUACUCACACAUACAAACCUCUCUUUAUUCCUUCUUCAAAAUAUAAUUAUUUCACCACUUUGGUUAAAUUCCUAUUUAUUUGGUAUUUAAAUAUUUCUUUCUAAAUGUCUCAAUGAAGCUCAGUAUCUUCCUGUUCCAUGUGGACAGUUUAUUCUGUGAUACAGAGCUGUUGAUAAACCCAUGGAGCAUUCAUUCCUAUCCACCCUUGCCUAUGCUCCACACGAUCAAACCAGUAUCCUUAGGCCUCUCAUCACCUCUGUGGUAUGAAUAUUCUUGGCUUUUCUGAUAGAUCUAAAUAGCACUGUGCUGUACUUUUAUGUUUUAAUCUGCCUUGUGGAUACAGUGUCCUGAAACCACAAAGGAAGCCUGAUCUGAUGAGUUUUUAUUCUCUUCUCCAGCUGCACCUUCUCAGGCCCCGGGCAUUCCUAAAAGAAGAGGAAAUGACUGAGUUCCAGGAAACAGUGACAUUCAAAGAUGUGGCUAUUGACUUCACCCAGGAAGAGUGGCAGCAAUUGGAUCCUGCUCAAAGGAACCUGUAUCGGAAUGUGAUGCUAGAAAACUAUAACAACUUAAUCACAGUGGGCUGUCCAUUCACCAAGCCUGAUGUGAUAUUCAAGUUGGAGCAAGAAGAAGAACCAUGGGUGUUGGAGGAAGGUGUGUUAAGAAGACACUAUCCAGAAAUAUGGGUUACUGAUGAGCAUGAGAAAGUCCAGGACAAACUUUUGACACAACUUGAAGAUAAAUUCACAAAAACAUGGACUGAAGAAAAAGUCAGUGAGUGUCAUCAGAAAUUUACAAAUGUAUUUCCUCCGAACUCAGACUUUUUCCCUUCCAGUCACAAUAUGUAUGAAUAUGACUUAUUUGGACAAUGUUUAGGGCAUAAUUUUGAUUAUCAUAAUAAUGAAAGAAUCCUUAUAAGAAAGGAAAAUUGUGAUUACAAUGAAGCUAUGAAAUCAUUUGGCAGUAGCUCAUCCCAUCAUGUAGUAACCCCCUUUAGGUGUAAUCAUUGUGGAAAAGGAUUCAGUCAAACCUUAGACCUCAUAAGACACUUAAGAAUUCAUACUGGAGAGAAACCUUAUGAAUGUAAAAAAUGUAGGAAAGCCUUCAGCCAUAAGGAAAAACUUAUUAAACAUAACAAAAUUCACAGUAGGGAGCAAUCUUAUGAAUGUAAUGAAUGUGGAAAAACUUUCAUUAAAAUGUCAAAUCUCAUUAGACAUCAAAGAAUUCACACUGGAGAGAAACCCUAUGCAUGUAAGGAAUGUGGGAAAUCCUUCAGCCAGAAAUCUAAUCUCAUUGAUCAUGAAAAAAUUCAUACUGGAGAAAAACCUUAUGAAUGUAAUGAAUGUGGAAAAGCCUUCAGCCAGAAACAAAGUCUCAUUGCACAUCAGAAAGUUCAUACCGGGGAGAAACCUUAUGCAUGUAAUGAAUGCGGUAAAGCCUUCCCUCGAAUUGCAUCCCUUGCUCUUCAUAUGAGAAGUCAUACAGGCGAAAAACCUUAUAAAUGUGAUAAAUGUGGAAAAGCCUUCUCUCAGUUUUCCAUGCUUAUUAUACAUGUGAGAAUUCAUACAGGUGAGAAACCCUAUGAGUGUAAUGAAUGUGGAAAAUCCUUCUCUCAAAGCUCAGCCCUUACUGUACAUAUGAGAAGUCAUACUGGUGAGAAACCUUACGAAUGUAAGGAAUGUAGAAAAGCCUUCAGCCACAAGAAAAACUUCAUUACACAUCAGAAGAUUCAUACUAGAGAGAAACCUUAUGAAUGUAAUGAAUGUGGAAAAGCAUUCAUUCAGAUGUCAAAUCUUGUUCGACACCAGAGAAUCCACACUGGAGAGAAACCCUAUAUAUGUAAGGAAUGUGGCAAAGCUUUUAGCCAGAAAUCGAAUCUCAUUGCUCAUGAAAAAAUUCACUCUGGAGAGAAACCCUAUGAAUGUAAUGAAUGUGGUAAAGCCUUCAGCCAAAAGCAAAACUUUAUUACCCAUCAGAAAGUUCACACUGGAGAGAAACCUUAUGAUUGUAACGAAUGUGGUAAAGCCUUCUCUCAGAUUGCAUCCCUUACUCUUCAUCUGAGAAGUCACACAGGGGAAAAGCCUUAUGAAUGUGAUAAAUGUGGAAAAGCCUUCUCUCAGUGCUCACUGCUUAAUUUACACAUGAGAAGUCAUACAGGUGAGAAGCCCUAUGUAUGUAAUGAAUGUGGAAAAGCUUUCUCUCAAAGAACUUCCCUUAUUGUGCAUAUGAGAGGUCACACGGGUGAGAAACCCUAUGAAUGUAAUAAAUGUGGGAAAGCCUUCUCCCAAAGCUCAUCACUAACUAUACAUAUACGUGGUCACACAGGUGAGAAACCCUUUGACUGUAGCAAAUGUGGAAAAGCCUUCUCUCAAAUCUCAUCUCUUACACUUCACAUGAGAAAACAUACAGGGGAGAAGCCUUAUCACUGUAAUGAGUGUGGCAAAGCUUUCAGCCAAAAAUCACACCUUGUUAGACACCAGAGAAUUCAUACUCAUUAGAAUAUAAAUAUGGCGAAUAUGGAAAAGCCUUCAGAAGGAAUCUGUGCAUCCUUGCACGAUAUAUAAUCAGUUCUAGAGCAGAAAACUGAAUGUGGGAAAGUACUUUGAAGAAGCCACAUUUGUAAAAUAUGGGAAUUCUUAUCAAGGUGAAAAAUUUUAUGAUGAGAAGCUGAUCAAAAAGGUUUAGCAAGACAGCUUAUCUAUCAAUAUUUAGUCAGCAUUCUCAUUAAAAUUUGGUAUCUGUUAUCAGCAUAUCAGCAUGAUCCUUGAACUCCUAGCCAAUAGAAUAAGCAAGAAAGAUUGCAAAAAGAGUAACUUUAACCUUUUAUACAAAAAAUAUUUCAUUAAAAAUGUAUUGAUAUAUCUAAGGAUAAGCACAACAAUGAAUUACAAGACAAGUAUAUAGAGAGAGAUAAGAACAUUUUGAAGAGCACAAAACACCUGAAAAUUUGAGGGAAAAAAUAUUGUAGACUUGCCAUUAUAAAAAUAUGUAGGUUCUCUCCCAAGUAUCUUAAUUUAAAGUAUUUCCAACUCAGAGUUUUUAGCAGUUAUACUUUUAGAAAUUUCACAAACCAAUUCUAAAUUUUAUAUGGAAUGUAAAGGACUACAGGUAGCUGAGUCAAAUGUGAAGGAGAAAUUCUGAAGACAGGAUCUUCUAAAUGUAAUUAUAUACUUUAAAGCUGGUAUCACUUAAAUGGUGUGUUCUUACCUAGAAUAAUUGAGUGGAAGCUGAUACAAAAAUUGAAGACUGAUACAAAAAUCCAAGGAGAUGUGGGAAUUUUUGUAUGUGUAUGACAGUGCUAUUGAAAUCACUGGAGAAAUUAUGGCCUAUGCAAUAAAUGGAAGAUUCAUAUGAACAACAAAGUUCUCUGUCAUUUACAAAAAAUAAAAUCCAAAUAGAUUGAAGAUCGGAAUGUAAAAAGCAAAUUCUAAAGCUAUCAUGAAAAUAGAAUAUAUAACAUUUGAAAAACAGGAUUUCUUUUAGAACACAUAAACAUGGUACAAUCAAUUCUACUUUGGUGUUUUGGCCUCAAAGGUGCCGGAUAUGUACGCAGAGAAAGAUCUAGAUCUCAUUGUGUUCUCUGAAUCCUGGUUUGUAUUGACUCUAAAUUGGACAUCACAAAUUUCCAUCAGUGGAGGGUAAAACAACACAAUACGAUCAUUUCUAUUCAAUUGAGUGUUUAGAGAGAUACAAAUUUGUUUCUCAUAUCAUUACAUGAGUAGAGCACAUUAUAUAAUGUUAAGAGAAAAAAGCAAAAAUGCACAAUGAAACUAUACAUUUUUAUAAAUGUAAUAAAAUAGUGCAAAAAACAGUACUGUUUCAAUCAUGGAUCCAUGUAUGACAUUGAUUGCCUUUUAGGAAGUGGGAAGGGUUUGGAGAGGGACUUGUUAUAUUUACUUGUAAUAUUUCCUUAAUAAAAGAAUGAAAGCAAAUAAGACAGUGGCAAAAAAUUUUUUUAUAGUUUAUCUUUAGUUUCCGAUUUCUCUUAAAUAAGAACCAAUGAGUGAUCUUAUUUAAUCUCCCUUUUUUCCAGGUAGUCUCCAUAUUUAAAGCUUUUUGGGUGGGGAUGGAAUUUCAACUCCCCAUUGGCCCUUUAUCACAUGGGGGAAGGUGAAAAUUUGAUUUGAGAAGCACUGCCUCAAACCACCUAGCUCUACCUUGCUGCUUCUGGUUGGGUGUGGAAGUUCAUCCCGGCCAAACCUGCCCACCAUGGGGCGAAACGGGGCUGAUACCCCAAAUAGUGCUCUUGCACCAAGACAGAGCUUUGGGGUGAGAGUAGGGAGGAAGGAUGAAGGGCAAUGAAGUCAGGGGAGGAAAGAAACAAGUUCUGUAAGAGGGAAGGAAGGGCUUUCUGUACUCUGCGCCCAUCAACACAGCCCCACUUUGGACCAAGGGGACCGAAGAGCCAAAACAGUCUGAAGUUCACAUUUCUAUGGGUAGCUCUUUGCAUAUAACUGUACUCAGAGGCUGGAAAAUAAACUUGAGGGUAAUCAGUUUUUCUGCUGUCAUCAUCUCAGACCAAGCACAGUGGGUCAGAAAAACAAUAAUGAAAAUGGGGCCUCCCUGAGGGUGGCGCGGGGGGUUGAGCACAGCACUGUGAAGCUGUCCUGUAGCCUCUGCCACAGCACGAGUUGGAUCCCCCACUAGCCAGAGGGCAACCCACGUGGCACAGCACACCUCUCCUGUCUCACCUUCUGCUCCCCUC